AUUUAUCACAAUUCGGUUAUUUACCCGCCUCUGCACGCAAUCCCGCCAAUGGUGGUCUCUUGGAUGCCAACACAUGGACCAAAGCUGUACAGGAAUUUCAAAGUUUUGCCGGACUAAAUGUCACCGGCGAGUUGGAUGAUGAAACAAUGCGUUUGAUGUCAAUGCCACGUUGUGGUGUACGUGAUAAGGUUGGCUUCGGUACCGAUAGCCGUUCGAAACGUUAUGCCCUGCAGGGUAGCCGUUGGCGUGUCAAGGCUUUGACAUAUAAAAUUUCCAAAUAUCCUAAACGUUUGAAGCGUUCCGAUGUUGAUACCGAGGUGGCCAAAGCUUUUAGCGUAUGGAGUGAAUAUACCGAUUUGACUUUCACGCCCAAGGCAUCCGGCCCUGUUCAUAUUGAAAUUAAAUUUGUCGAAAGUGAACACGGUGAUGGUGAUGCAUUCGAUGGUGUCGGCGGUACCUUGGCCCAUGCCUUUUUCCCCGUUUUCGGUGGUGAUGCUCAUUUUGAUGAUGCCGAACAGUGGACAGUGAACAGUCCUCGUGGUACAAAUCUUUUCCAAGUUGCUGCCCAUGAAUUUGGUCAUUCGUUGGGUCUGUCACAUUCGGAUGUUCGCUCCGCCUUGAUGGCUCCAUUCUAUCGUGGCUAUGAACCCGUUUUCAAAUUAGAUACCGAUGAUGUUUUGGCCAUUCAGGCAUUGUAUGGUAAAAAGUCAACACAAAAUGGUAAUGGUUUAAAUCCUACAAGUGGUGGCGCCUUCCCACGUACCACACAACGUCCUGCCUUUACACCACCAAGGGCACCGCGGGAUGAUUUGAUUUGUAAAGAUCCCAAGAUUGAUGCACUCUUUAAUUCGGCCGAGGGUCAGACAUAUGCCUUUAAGGGUAAUAAAUACUACAAAUUGACAGAGAAUGCCAUUGCGGAUGGUUAUCCGAAAUUGAUUGCCGAGGGAUGGCCAGGAUUGCCCGGUGAUAUUGAUGCCGCUUUUACCUAUAAAAAUGGCAAAACCUAUUUCUUCAAGGGUACCAAAUACUGGCGUUACAAUGGCCGCCAGGUGGAUGGCGAUUAUCCCAAAGAGAUUAGCGAAGGUUUUACUGGCAUUCCCGAUCACUUGGAUGCGGCCAUGGUUUGGGGCGGUAAUGGUAAAAUCUAUUUCUUCAAGGGUAGUAAAUUCUGGCGUUUCGAUCCCUUGAAGAGGCCCCCAGUGAAGUCCAGCUAUCCCAAGCCCAUUUCAAAUUGGGAAGGUCUGCCAAAUAGCCUGGAUGCUGCCCUGCAAUAUACCAAUGGUUAUACUUACUUCUUUAAGGGUGAUAAAUACUAUCGGUUUAAUGAUAGAACAUUUGCAGUUGACUCUGCAGAUCCCAAAUUCCCCCGUCCCUCGGCCCAUUGGUGGUUCGGCUGCAAGAAUACGCCCUCAUCAACAGGUAAUAUUGUGGACAACUCUGAGGAAAAAGAAUUAACCUCAUCGUUCUUUGAUUAUGAUAACGGUGAUAAUGUAUUCGAUGCAGGUGUUGAUGAUCAUCAAGCUCACGAUGAAGCCUCCGAAGCCGAUCGUUCUGUUAUGUCGUCCAAUUCAGCGGAAUCGAUAAACAUUGGUGCACCGAUUUUGGCAACGCUUGCCAUGUUCAUCAUAACGAAAUUCAUUGUUAGCUAAAAGCCGAUUUGGUUCAAUAUUAU